AUGGAAAUCUCUUCGAUCCUCCAGGGUGGCUACCAGCACCCGCUGUCGCGCUCCUGGCAGGGACAGCGUACGCUCACCAAGAAUAUGUUCAUGUACCCCAUCUUCAUCACCGACGAGCCGGACGCACGCGUCGAGAUCUCCAGUCUCCCCGGCCAGUGCAGGUGGGGCGUCAAUCGCCUCCAGGAGUUCCUCGCCCCCCUCGUCGAGAAGGGCCUCCGCAGCGUCAUCCUCUUCGGCGUGCCCCUCCACUGCCACAAGGACGAGCGCGGCGGCCCCGCGGACGACCCGAACGGGCCCGUCAUCGCCUCGAUCAAGCUCCUCCGCACGCUCUUCCCGGACAUGUACAUCGCGUGCGACGUCUGCCUGUGCGAGUACUCGUCGCACGGCCACUGCGGCCUCUUCGCGUCCGACGGCUCGCUCGACCAGGGCCCGUCCGCGGCGCGCAUCGCCGAGGUCGCGCUCGCGUACGCCCGCGCGGGCGCGCACUGCGUCGCGCCCUCGGACAUGAUGGACGGCCGCAUCAAGGCGAUCAAGCGCGCCCUCAUCGACGGCGGCUUCGGGAACCGCUGCACGCUCAUGAGCUACUCGGCAAAGUUCGCGAGCUCGCUCUACGGCCCGUUCCGCGAGGCCGCCGGCAGCGCCCCGUCGUUCGGGGAUCGCAAGUGCUACCAGCUCCCGCCGACGGCGAAGGGCCUCGCGCGGCGCGCAAUUACGCGUGACGUGAACGAGGGGGCGGACAUUAUCAUGGUCAAGCCUGCGAUGCCCUACCUCGAUAUCAUCCAGGACGCGAAGGAGCUCGCCCGCGACCACCCCCUUGCGUGCUACCAGGUCAGCGGCGAAUACGCCAUGAUUGUUGCUGGAGCGCGGGCGGGUGUGUACGAUCUGAAGACGAUGGCGUUUGAGACUGUUGAGAGUUUCGUACGCGCAGGGUGCACACUCAUUCUGACGUACUUCACGCCGGACUUCCUCGACUGGUUGGAGCAGUGA